GAUGCUGCUAAAACAUGCAGCCUGCAACAGAUAAACAGCACAUAAUUUUUAAUUCACAUCAGUGAUUACUCAUGCAAGUAACACACAAGCACAAGCGCAAGAUGGGAAACCACCUGUUUGACAGGCAAAUGCUUUGAGAAGAAAGCAACUCGGCAGAGAAAAACAAAUGGUUUUUGUCAGGCGAUAAUUCCAAAUUAACUUAUGGAACCGCUUCCCAAUACUGUUUGUCCUCUCCAGGAUUCCAUCCCAAUGUUCCUGUGCAUGACCUCUAACCUCUGCCUGCUGGUCCUACCAGUGAUGUCACUGCUGCUUCUCUCACCCAUCAGUUGGAGCUAUGAUGGUCCCACCCCAGGGUGCCACCUGUACCCCCUCAACGUGACCAUCCGCAGUGACCGCCGUGGUACAUGCAAAAGCACACAUCUGGUGUACGCCUGUGUGGGUUACUGCGAGUCCAGCGCCUUCCCCUCCAGGUACUCGGUGCUGGUGGCCUCCAACUUCACCCACAACAUCACUUCAGCUUCACGCUGCUGCACCAUCACCAAGGACACGAAGGUCAAAGUUCGCCUGGACUGCCCACGAGGCCAUCAUCACGAUGACAUAGAAAUACUGACAGCAAGAGCGUGUCGUUGUGACAUGUGCCGCAAGUCCCGCUACUGA